AUCUUUUGCAGACCCCUUUUUAGUAUAGUAGGGCACAAAAAGUGAUAAUUGUUUUACAAGAAUUAUCCCACACUUCUUCCAUCAGGAACAAUACUACAAUAAAAAUGAAGGGUAGGUUGCUUUGUUUGAGGAGUGGGAACUGUCAAGGUUUGCUCCUCUUGGAGAUUUAUAUCUGGAUAGUUUACCAGCUACCUUUUGCAUCGUUACAAAAUGAGUUUCAUUUGGGAAGCAAUCAGCAACAAACUGUCUCCAAUCACUAUCAACUUCAUGAAAUUGCUUGCUGAAAAUGGUCGCUUGCAACAGACUCCAGAUGUAAUUUCUGCUUUUGGAAAGAUCAUGAGUGCAUAUCGUGGAGAAGUGCUCUGCUCAAUCACUACUGCUAACUCCUUGGAUCAGGCCAGCCUUACUGAAUUAAAAACAGCUUUGAGUGGCUUCUUGGCUAAAGGAGAAGUCUUGAAAUUGGAGACCAAGACUGAUCUAUCAAUCCUGGGUGGAAUGAUUGUUGGCAUUGGGGAUAAGUAUGCUGACAUGUCAACAAAAUCCAAGAUUCAGAAACUGACCAAAAUCAUGGGAGAUACCGUGUAACAUCUUCUCCAACUGUUUUUCACAGUGAAACCUGUCAAUCUAUUAUAUGGAAACAAUACAAUAUUUCUCCAAAAAAAAAAAAAAUUCAUGCAGCUGUAAAUUAUCUGAAUGCCAG